CACUGCUGCUGUUGAGCGUAAAAGGGGAGUUUCGGAGCUUGGCAACAUCUCUCUUGACGGUGCCAGGUGUGUUCAAACCUGUAGCAGACAAACGCUCGCAGAUGUCUUUCAGCUCAGUCAUCAUGGGCUGGAUCUCAAAAGCGUAAACCGCCAACCGGUAAGCGCUGCCGCCCGUCUAUUUUCAGCCUACCCACAGGUAUGAGGGAUUUCUCAUUGACGCACUAAAUUUCAGCGUCUGACACUCCACGAUAUAUCGCCGAGUAAGUAAAAAUAUACUCUGUUUAUAUUUUUAUUACUACUUCACGUUUUGAGGCUCCUCUACAAGACGAAGGAAAGCGCGGAUAUGGUUCCAGAGAAGCAAUGGAAAGCAUAAAACCUUGAUUAUCUUCUGGUUAACCAUAUCGCUGCAGUCAACUCUCCUGUUUUACGCACAAAAAGCGCUCGGAAUUAUUGAAACCAAGGCAACUGUGCGCACACCGGAGCAUAAGCCCGUGGGAUGACAGAGCUCAGCGGCAAAUUCACGGGUGAAGAUAAGCCUCAUAAAUGUCAAGAAGAUGAAAUUCCCUGCAGGUCGCGAGAAUAACUCACGAGGGUUUAUUAGGCCGCAUCACUUCGCGCUCAUUUAACAACAAAAAGCCGAGGCGACUCCUACCAGUUAGAUUGUUAGUUAUUUGAAAAGGGGACAACCAUGUCUAGAACACUGAAGAAGAAGAAACACUGGUCCUCUAAAGUGGUGGAGUGCGCCGUGUCAUGGGGGAACCUGGGAGACUUUGGCUCCGUGGUGGAGGUCCUCGGAGGAGCAGAGCUUGGACAGUUCCCCUACCUGGGCCAAAUGAAACUGGACGUGCUGGUGUGUCACGUAGGGAAGCUUCCCUACUACGGAGACGUUCUGCUGGAGGUGAACGGGACGCCUGUCAGUGGACUUACAAACCGGGACACACUGGCUGUCAUUCGUCACUUUCGGGAACCGAUUCGCUUAAAGACCGUCAAACCAGGAAAAGUAUUGAACACGGACCUGCGCCACUACCUCAGUCUGCAGUUUCAGAAGGGCUCGCUGGACCACAAGCUCCAACAGAUCAUACGGGACAACCUCUACCUACGCACCAUCCCCUGCACAACACGGCUUCCUCGAGAGGGGGAGGUGCCAGGCGUGGACUACAAUUUCAUCAGUGUUGGAGACUUUAGGAUCCUGGAGGAGAGUGGACUUCUGCUAGAGAGUGGAACCUAUGAUGGUAACUACUAUGGAACCCCAAAGCCUCCAGCAGAGCCCAACCUGGUGCAGCCUGACCUGGUGGAUCAGGUGUUGUUUGAUGAGGACUUUGGUGGCGAGGUCCCCAGGAAACGUACAACCUCAGUCAGUAAGAUGGACAGGAAGGACAGCGCUGUACCUGAGGAGGAGGAUGAUGAUGAGCGGCCACCACUGGUCAAUGGCUUGCCUGAAAGGGACCUGAGGACAGUGAGACCUGAUCCAAAUGCAAAAACAGGCCCAGAAAGAGAGCAUUCAACAGAGCACAAAGAGGGGGCAGACUGGAGGAAAGCAGUGCCCAGCUACACUCAGUCCAGCAGCACCAUGGACUUCCGCACAUGGAGCUCUCUUCCUCGUGACGACAGCUUGGAGCCCCUGCCUUUCAACUGGGAGAUGGCUUAUACUGAGACCGGCAUGGUCUACUUCAUAGAUCACAAUACCAAGACAACCACGUGGCUGGACCCCCGCUUGGCAAAGAAGGCAAAGCCCCCUGAGAAGUGCGAGGAUGGCGAGUUACCUUAUGGCUGGGAGGAAAUUGACGAUCCACAGUAUGGGACAUACUAUGUUGACCACAUCAAUCAGAAAACCCAGUUUGAGAACCCUGUCCUGGAGGCAAAGAAGAAGCUGAGCCAGGAGACUGCAGCGAUCCAGCAAGCCGCAGCAGCACCUUCUCAAGGUAAAGGUGGUGCAUCUGGCUUCACAGCAGACCCCAGCCAGCUGAAAGGGGAGAUUUACCACACAGCGCUGAAGAAGAGCUCCCAAGGAUUUGGAUUUACCAUCAUAGGAGGUGACCGCACAGAUGAGUUUCUGCAGGUGAAAAAUGUGCUCAGCGACGGUCCUGCUGCUCAAGACAAAAAGAUGGCAUCUGGUGAUGUGAUUGUUGAGAUUAAUGGGGUAUGUGUGCUGGGGAAGACCCAUCCAGAGGUAGUGCAGAUGUUUCAGUCCAUUCCCAUUAACCAGUAUGUGGACAUGGUUCUUUGCCGUGGAUACCCGCUUCCUCCUGACGUUGAUCUAGACAGCGACGAUCCUCUUCCCCCUCCUCCUCCUCCGCCGGACACCCAGCCCCAGCAGGCUCUGCAUGGUGGAGAGGUGGUGACAGCUGUGCCCCUGAUCAAUGGACAGCCACUGCUUGUCAAAGGUGACGUCCUCCAUGGCUCCUCACAGGAGCUCCACUAUGUUACUACUGAUGCCAGUGGUCGUCCUGUUGUGGCUGCCCUGCCAAAUGGGAGGCAGGGUGGAGAAGCAGCCACAGCGAUGCUCCAACCAGAGCUGGUAAGCGUGCCACUGGUCAAGGGGCCUGGUGGAUUUGGUUUUGCCAUUGCUGACUGCCCUCUGGGACAGAAGGUGAAGAUGAUCUUGGAUGCCCAGUGGUGCCGCGGCCUGCAGAAAGGAGACGUGAUUAAAGAGAUCAACAGGCAAAAUGUGCAGUCGCUUAGCCAUGCACAAGUGGUGGACAUCCUUAAAGACUUACCAGUGGGCAGCGAGGUCAAUGUACUGGUGUUGCGAGGAGGUCAAACAUCGCCUGUGAAGAGUCUGAAGCCUAGACAGGAAAUGACGGCCAGUACAGAAACUCUGGACAUUGUCACAGACUCGGCACCUCAGGCCUUGCCUUACCACUCCAACACAAGCACCCUGCGCUCUGCCGAUUCUCCCAAACGAGAUGCUACAGAGAUAUACUUGAAGUCCAAAGCUCUUUUGGAGAGCAGACAGCCUCACGCCAAAGAUAUAGAUGUUUUUCUGAAGCGGGACAUUGAAACAGGCUUUGGCUUCCGUGUUCUGGGAGGAGAAGGGCCACAACAGCCAAAUGUAUUUCCCCAGGUGUACAUUGGUGCCAUUGUGCCUAAUGGAGCUGCAGAGAAGGACGGGCGUCUCAGAGCUGGAGACGAACUUAUUGGCAUCGAUGGCGUGAUGGUCAAGGGUCGUUCGCACAAGCAGGUUUUGGAUCUGAUGACCAACGCUGCCCGAAAUGGCCAAGUUAUGCUGACUGUUCGUAGGAAGGUGAUCUACAGAGAUGUGACAGAUGAAGAUCCUCAGGAAAUGGCGCCGGUGCUGGUGAAUGGUUCUCCCAAACUACCUCGCCUACCGAUGCCGAGUGCGCUGGACCACGAGUCUUUUGACAUCACACUCCACCGCAAGGAAACUGAAGGCUUUGGCUUUGUGAUCCUCACGUCCAAGAGCAAACCUCCACAUGGAGUUAUCCCACACAAAAUUGGCCGUAUCAUUGGGGGCAGUCCCACUGACCGCUGUGGCCUGCUGCACGUCGGGGAUCGUAUCUCAGCAGUCAAUGGACUCUCCAUCAUCGAGCUCUCUCAUAAUGACAUCGUCCAGCUUAUCAAGGAAGCCGGCAAUGUCGUCACCCUUACUGUGGUUCCCGAGGAUGAGUACAAGGGCCCUCCAUCUGGAGCGAGUUCAGCAAAACAAAGUCCAGCUCUUCAGCACAGAGCCAUGGGGCAAAGAUCAGCACUACAGGAUGAGCGUUAUAACCUGGACAUGGAGGAGAGAAAGGAAGGAGUCAACUGGUCUGACCACAAAACUCUUUCACUUGGUGAGACGGGGACGCUGUGUGUGACAGGGCCCAACCAGGGUUGUCUGACAGUGGAGUUAGAGAGAGGGCCCAGGGGCUUUGGUUUCAGUCUGCGAGGGGGCACAGAGUAUAACAUGGGCUUGUACAUCUUGAGACUUGCAGAAGAUGGGCCUGCUCAGCAAGACGGAAGAAUCCAUGUUGGAGAUGAGAUAGUGGAGAUUAACGGGGAGCCGGCUCGUGGCAUUUCCCAUACACGGGCUAUUGAUUUGAUCCAGGCCGGAGGAAACAAAGUGGUACUGCUGCUGAGACCUGGGGCAGGUCUUGCUCAAGAUGCGAGUCGACGUGAUCAAAAAGUCAUUUCACCCACAAGCUAUUUUGGAGAAGUUUUCUCUGACACAUCACCCCUUUCCUCUCCAUAUCCCACCGGGGCUUCCACCUUUGUUUCCUCUCCUUUCUCCAGCAAACUGACGCAUUCUCGCAGCUGGAGCACACUUUCUCCACAAGGCCGCAAAUCCCGCAGCAGCGGGGGUUUAAGCUCAGUGGAGGAAAGUGUUGAGUGGGCGGACACGGAGGGAGAAGGGCUCCUUCCCACCUCCAAUGAGCAUGUGAAGUUCUACAAGAGGACCAGGCCCACGAACGACUCCAGAGAGCUAAGCAGCCCAAAGAAAACAGAGGAAUCUUUUCCUAAAGCCAAAGAGCAACUACACAGUCCCAAAAAGACUGAGAGUCAGGCACAGGAAGCAACAAUGAACAGAAAAAGGGUGCCUAUCACACAGACAAAAACGCAAUCUGCCAGUCCUGGGAAGUCCGCUCACGUUGGACAGCAAGGGAUAUCAGCCCUGCAACGCACCGAGAAUCAACAAGGCCUUCAGCAGAGAUUAAAGGAUUCAUCCAGUAGAGAAAGCUUAGGUCAUGAAAAGAAAAAUGGAAAAGGGGGGACUUUUGAGAUUGGAAAAUACCCUCAAGGAUGGGAGAUGGAAGGGAGAAGAGAAAGGACCAAGUCUCUCCAUGAGAAAGAAAGUUAUAAAAGAAGGUCGAUUGGGGAAUCUCACCGCCACAGGACAUUUUCUAGUACACUAAGAGAGAGCGAGAAAGGUACAGGUAAAGACUCAGGGCAAAGAGACGUUGAUGCCAAGGGUAAACUUACAGAAAACAGGACUACGAGUAAAGAGACUAUUAGCAAAAGAGAAUCACCGCUGUCUUUUAAAAAUGUAUGGCGUAGGAAAGGUUCUGUGAAUUCACCAAGAGAUGUAAAAGGAAGAGAAGACACAUUUUCUAAAUCCAAAGAAGACAGCUUAAAGGACAACUUUGUGGCCUCUGUAAACAACAUUCCUGGAGCCCUACAAACCCUGAAGGGACCUAUUAGCCCUGGCCCUUGGAAAACGCCCAGCUCAGCCAAAAUCCUCUCUGAGGCAGAAGUCCUCUGUGACCCUUUGUGAUGGAAUAUUGAAUCACAAGGACGUGAGCUGUGCCAUGGAAUAUUUUACAGUAUCCUCAGUGGAUUAUUUUUCUGAGUUCUUCCAUAAAACAGAGAAGUGCAACAUGGUGCCACAUUUAUCCAUUUUAGACUGUGGCCAGAUUUGUAUUGUGGGAGCCCUGUGACAUCACAUGUGGCAUGUAGCAGCUCCCCUCCGCCUUGUCUGCUGCUUUAGCAUCUUUGACGUGGGACUUCAGCAUAUAGGACAUGCUCGGGGCCUUGUCAGACCAGACAUUCAGAAAUGUGAAUAUGUGCCAAUCCCGCGAGCCUCCUGUGGAACGACGACUACAAACAGCGCUUCACCCAUUACAAUGCAAUGGCCCAUAUGCAAAGAAAAGAGAAAGGCCCUCGCCUCUCGUCUGUAGAAUAUACAGUGUGACUCAUCUAGGGUUUAAUUUUGCUCUCAGUGUCAUUGUUGAGUAUUUCAACUGUAUUCUUCUUAUCAGUUUGCUCAACUGCAUGCAGUCGGUCCUUCUGUUUGUUUUACUGCACGCGUUCUGUACAUCGCUGAGGAUGAACCCAUUUCUUAUUUAUAAUUUUCAUUCUGAUCACCAGGCAAAUACAGCAAGUGUUACUGGGUAAUCUAGACUGUUCUAUGGCUAUAGUCAUGACACACCUUCAUACAGACAGUAUCAUUUAAAAGACCAGAAACUUGUGGUUUGAGAUCUUGUUUACCAUGUGUAUGAUAACUAACCAGUGUGUAAUUUAUUGAGGUAAUAGAUGAAUAUAUGUAUAUGUAGCUGUACCAAGCCAUUCCGCAUUUUGAUAAAGACUUUCAGAAAUUUGUCCCAUGUUAUUUGAGCUUUCACCUUAUUUCCAAUGUACUUCAGUGGUAGGAAUUACCAAUGAAAUUUGUAGUUCAUGAAAUGUAUAGAUGUAACGUACAAACUGCUGUACCAAAUGUUUAAAAUUGCUCAAAAUGUGUCUCAUUGUGAAAUAUAAUAUAUAUGUAUAUAUAUAUAUAUUUGAAUGUGUGUUUUGGAAAUUCUAUCUAUUAAUUCCAUUGCACCGCAUCUGCCCUUGUAGCAAAACAGAUUGACCAUGAGUUGUAUUUAAUUUGUGAUGUAUACUUGCUACCAAAACAUUGCAUUUAUUAUUGGUUUUUUUUUAUUUUUUUAUUUAAUGGUUGUUUUUUUUGGUUUUUUGAAAUGAUCACUGUUAAAGGGGGAAAUGGCAAUUUAUGUAAUGCUGUGCAAGUUCUGAAUCAUGUCUCUGGUUGUUUUACAUGUGCUUGUUGAUGAAAAGAUAAAUGAGGGUUUAUAUUGUAGGUACUGCUGUGUGAUUAUGUGCCAGGGUAGCUUGAAGGAUGAAAGAGGCCAGAGAAUGAUGUGGUUUACUAAGAUACCGAACAAGCUGCUGAAAUAAGGCAUGUAUACAGAAAACUCUCCACCUUACAUAUUAAAGGGAGCCAAUAGCACAGAGAAGACCAGUGUAGUUUUAUAAUGUGCAGUCUAUAAAAAUAAGAAAUAGUCAGGUUUCACUGUUACUUUAAAGAGGACAUAUUAUGCUGAUUUAUAGCUCCAUACUUUUAUACUUGGACACCAUAAGAGUCGCUUUGCCUAUUUGCCUAAUAAUAAUACUCGUUUAAGUUAUAUUGGGCCGCUGUGUAGCAUUCAGGUCAUUCUCUGUCUGGAAAAAUGUGUUUUAGUUCCUUGGCCCUUACCUUUAUGCCAAUUUUUUUUCUUAUUGGCAAACAGAAGCAGCAGGUGGGAGGG